AUGUAUGAACAUGAACCAUAUCAACAAUUUGAGGGUAUGGAACUUGAUGGAGUCAAGAUUGAUGAACUGAGCAGUAGUGACUCGGAGGAAGAAGUGCUUGAAACACUUAGUUCUGAUGAGGAUGGUAAUGAAGAUACUAGUAAUGGGGAUGGGGAUGAUACAAUGAUUCUGUAUAGUGAUGUUGCCAUUGAAUCGGAAGACACUUUUGAUAGUAAUGGUGACAUGGUACCAGGUACUAAAAAGAGGACCAAAGCUAGACUUGUGACUGGUCCAGCCCGAGUGACAAGAUCUAGGGCAACAACAGCUCAAUCUGAGUACACUGUGCAAGAUAGGACCUCUGAGGAGGAGGAUUGUUUUGUAGAGGAUGAAGCAGCUUCCAAUGCUGCAGAAGGGGGAAAGAAGAAUCAACGCGCGAAGACCAAAGGAUAUGAGGUGAAGAAGAGCUUAGAAGAAGGAAGCAAAAUUGGUGGCAUAGUCAUUGAAGAAGGAGCAAAAGCAGUCGUGGGCAUUAAUGAUAAGUUGUGGAAGAUGAAGAUUGGAGUUAUAGUCCGUGUAUUGGCUCCUAUUGGGAAAUUCUAUUGGAGGGAACUUACUGAAGAAGAUAAGCUGCCACUGUUUGCCAAAUUGGAGAGUGAGUUUGAUAUAGACAUGACAACACCAGGUGUGAAAGAAAUGGUGGACGCUACAAUGGCCUCUCGACUUAGGCAGUUUAAGUAUCGUUGUCACCAACGUUACAAGAAUGAGAUAGACAAGGUGAAAGCUCGGGAGACACCGAUGGAGGAAGUGAACAUCAAUGACUGGGAGCUUCUCUGUGAUCAUUUUGAUAUUCUGUGUAUCAAGAAACAAAGUGACGCUAACACAGCGAAUAGGAGCCAGCAACUGUAUUCCCAUACUGCAGGGGCUAAGUCAGUUAGUCAAAGGAUCUAUGAACUGAACCAGAAGGAGGCAAAUAGUGAAAAAAACAAAUGA